UAGUCUUCUCAGCAGCGACUUCAAUGAUGACGUCGGCCCCCACUGCCCUUGCCGUUUCAAUAGAGCCUGCAUCUUGAUCUGCCAUAUAUCAAAACUGUUUUUCCCCGUGAACUUUUCGAUCUUCAUGUUUAGCGACAUCAUUCUUCAGAAUCGAAAAGCCUAGCCUGAUUUCCAACCAGGCUCUGGUACCACUUGUCACGACUGUUUCUUUGCAGAUGGGAGAUUGGAGGAUUCGACAAUGCAAGAAAAUGAAAGUGCACACGCACGACACACGGUUUACGUGGUUCACUAACACAAUGUGUGUUAGCUAGUCCACGGACAGGAGAAAGCCAGUCUCACUAUACUUCGAGGAGAUACAGAUUAUAGAAGCAUAUGAGAAAUAUUUAUAGUAUUUCUCCUAGGUCUAACCCUAAUCCAAUAUGAUAAAAGAAAAACAGUUACAAACCAAGCAAUGAGAACCUCGUCACUUCUAGUUAUAGCGGGUGAUAAUCAGAUUCAACUCACAUGUCAUGAGGCAUAUUUCCCAUUUUCGGCGGUAGGAACUGUUUUUGAAAUAGCAACUUGCCAAAUUGUUUGUUUGCGAGGAUUAGAUAGCGGAGACUACGACAGAUUAGGAAGAGUAGGGUUCUGUGUUUUGGCCGGCUGUUGAAAAAAAGAAAGAUAAAAUAACAGACAUGGUUGCAGUUUUUUUCCCCCAAGUAAUAUCAAGAAAUUAAGACAUUUGCAGUUUAGGUGGAAUCUUGGUCCUUGGAGCGAGAAGUCAGUCAGUCCACACACACUCUACAAGAAGUAAGAUAGUCAAGUAGUGGCGGGCAUUAUCACCGCCGGUGAAUCGGAGAGUCGGUCACUCGCUUCAGUAGAGUUCAUUCCGGGAGCUUAGUACCCCCCAGAUCCCUAAUUAUCGACUCCACUCCCGGUCGCUUAGUUCCAAAUAUGGGCGAUUUGAAGCCGGCUUCCGCUCGUUCAACUGGCAGUAGUUUAUGGUUAUCUUCAAACCUGAGCAAGAGAUGGGCGGAGCUUUUCUUCCUUCUCUAUACUCCUUUCUGGCUCACGCUAUGUCUGGGCAUUAUCGUCCCUUACAAACUCUACGAGAGCUUUACGGAGCUGGAAUAUUUGCUUGUGGGCUUGGUUUCUGCACUUCCUGCAAUCUUGAUACCAGCAUUGUUUGUUGGAAAGGCUGAUAGAAGCUUGGCAAUGAAGGAUCGCUAUUGGGUUAAGGCAAGCGUGUGGAUAAUCAUUUUUAGCUAUGUUGGAAACUACUUUUGGACCCACUAUUUCUUCACUGUGCUGGGAGCUCAAUAUACAUUUCCGUCAUGGAAGAUGAAUAAUGUUCCACACACAACUUUUCUUUUGACUCAUGUUUGCUUUCUGUUCUAUCAUGUCACCUCAAAUAUGACACUUCGGAGGCUACGGCAUGCUACUGUAGAUUUGCCAGGCCCAAUUCGGUGGGCAUUUGAGGCAUCUUGGAUAUUGGCUCUUUCCUAUUUCAUUGCAUACUUGGAGACAAUUGCCAUUGCCAACUUCCCAUACUAUGACUUUGUGGAUCGAGAAGCCAUGUACAAAGUUGGGUGCUUGUUUUAUGCCAUCUACUUCAUCGUUAGCUUCCCUAUGUUUCUGAGAAUUGACGAGAAGCCAAGUGAUUCAUGGGACUUGCCAAGGGUAGCUGUUGAUGCUCUGGGAGCUGCAAUGCUGGUUACAAUAAUACUGGACUUAUGGCGACUGUUUCUAGGGCCGAUUGUACCUCUUCCUGAGACAAAGCAAUGUCUCCAGCCUGGGCUCCCCUGGUUUACUGGACAUGUCAACCAGACUUAGGAGUGAGUAUGUUAGUAUCUGCUGUUGUAUUGACCGACUCCUGAAUCAUUUGCUAAAAUGAAAAAGCAAAAAAUCCUGAAUCCGGGGAAAGUGCAGGCGAAAUGUAGAGGUUGGUGUAACUUGUUGAUGUUGUAGCCUUACAUCUCUGGUCAUUGGUUGGAGGCUCUAUUUGUUUUGAACAUCAGAGCAUAUGGACCAUUUGCGGGUCUUUCUUUCCUUUCCCGAGGGCAAAGGUGGUUUUGUUUUCUUGAAGUGUUGCUUAUUUAUUAACAGUCUCAUAGGCUACUGAAAUAUGAAACUAGGGAGUGGCGAGAUCAGAGUUUGUACUGCCCUCGACCAUCUUCAAUUACCCACUCAUAGAUUGACAAAAUUAUUUAUGAGUGGGUAAUUGUCAUCCUAGGUGGGCACAAAAAAUUAUUUAAAGAUGG